AUGUCUGAAGGAUCUACAAAUUCUGAUUUUGAUUUUGUGCAAAUUGUUGAUAAUAAUGAUUUUGAUAUUCAAACAAAACUUGACAAUCUUUUAAUUGAAUUUAAUGAAGAGAAGGAAAAGAAUGCUAAACUUGAAGAGAAAAAUAAUUUUCUUGAGAAACAAAUGAAUGAGAUGAGUGUUUCCUUCGAAAAAAAGAUGGGAAAAUUAACAAAUAAAUUGGAACAAUUAAGUAAAAGUUGUAAACGAGCGUGUUUUGUGCAAAUUAAAAAUAAAUGGCGUGGGAUUAUUAAUGAUUGUUGUGCUAAUAAAUGUUCCGAUGAAAUGAAAAAUACAAAAUGUGUUAAGGGAAAUGGAUUUAUUAAAUUAAUUGAUGAUGAGAAUAUUAAAUAUAUUAAUUGUGUUGGUAAAGGUAAAUUAAUUAUAUUAUACAAAAUUGAGUGA